CACAAAGCUGGCAAUCAACUUCCUUAUGAAUUCGGCUGCUAAUUUCAACUAUUUGUUUUGGUUUCUGCUUGCUAUGCGACACUUGCCGUGAUAAAAUGCGACCAACUCUAAACAACACUGUUUGUCAAGCACAGUGGCUCAGCAACCAAUGCUAAAAUUACUCACUUUCAAGGUGACGAAUAUUCGUACCAGCCAGGGCUGUGAGGACGUUGAUUUUUUAUGGCUUCUACUUAAGAUUUUCAAGAUGUAUCAACUACGAAUCCAAAAACAACUCUCUUGGCAAGUUGUUUAAAAUUGGUCGACUCCGACACCAACUCUAACCCUGAUUGCUCACAAAGUUCCAACUCAACAGCUCUGGUUUCAACCCAGUUUGUCCAAACAAUAGCAGCACGAGCUGAGAAAUGCUGUAAUUUUAGACAAAAACUGCAUUGUACGGAUUGUUUUGCCCCAAAAAAAUAUAAUAAUUCUAGCAUCGUCCGGAAUUCGAUAUCGGACAGUACGUGCCCACAGGACGGGGUGCGUUGGUGGCCCAUGCCUCUUCCUACUCAACGUCAUCAACACCGUAGUACAAGUCUGCUGCGGACAGUUGCUCCAAAGGUUAAGGAAGCAGAUGAAAGUCACGUUCGGACGGUAUUUUAUAAGUAACGCAGCAUCGGUCCUCAGCUCUAGUACGGGUUCAGCUAUGAAGAUUCGGCAGCUAGUGGGGCUGAGUGCGGUGCUGGCCAUCGGAGUUCAGUGGGUUCGCGGUCAAAACUGCGUCGGAACCGGUACCGAUUUCAUGUGUCCAGAUCCGCAGGGAUCGCUCGAGGUGUACGUGCGGCACGAGACCUACUGCAACCGGUUCUACAAGUGCAUCGAGGGCAAGCCCGUCGAGGGUCGAUGCCCCGCCGGCAGUUACUUUAACCCAGUGGAGAACCUGUGCUGUCCGGAUGAGUCCCUCUGCUAUCGAUCUCAACCGUGUGUGGCUCCGGUCGAGGGUUGCCAAGGCUGCGUCAACAAGCUGAUCCCAACCGGAGUCGAUCCGUCCGAGUUCUUUGUGUGCAACUGUGACGGAACCGGUGAAGGUCGCAAGUGUCCGUGGGCGUUCGAUGCCUGUUCCAGGACAAACGUGACGCUAGUCUUUGUCAACGGACGCUGCCAGAAUCCGAACGCGGCUGGAGCAACCACGGUGGAACCGGCUUCCACAACCACGGUAGCCCCGAGCUCGACGACUGAAGCUUCGACUACCACGGCGGAGCCGACGACGACGACAGCUGCGUCUACGACGGCUGAUUCUACGACGGAGGCAAGUUCGACUACGGAGGCAUCUACGACAGAAGUGACCACGACGGUGGCGCCUGCCAAGCGGAAAAAGUAAACAGAUUUUGAAGGAUCUCAGCCCAAAUUAUCAUCGCACACACGCAUUGUCGUAGAAACGACCCCGCCGGUAGCCGCACUACAAACCAAACAAUUAGUUUUAAAAUAUAUGCUCAACCUACUGAAACCUCACAACCGGCUUUCCAUGUUUACCCGAUUGAUUAGCGACACCUGCGAAAGAAAUAUCUCUCGAGCUUCCGGUCUUCAAACUCUCCAAACACCAACGGAUUCGACAACAUCAUUUCAAGUUCACCUUGGGUGGCUAAUUAUCGUCUCCCGGCACCACCAAGACAAGUGUGAAUAACUAAUCCAGAGCUGACACACUUAUUCCACUUCAUGUUGU